CGUGGCGGCGGAGACGGUUCCUUGGGGCGGGAGUCGUGGGCGAGGGGCGCGCGCGCGGGGAGAGCCCGCAGCGCACGCGCACUCGGGGCGCAUGCCCGCCCGCCCGCCACCCAGGAUGAGACAGAGGGCAUGGAAAGUUCCAGCGGCUUCCAGAGCCGGAGGGAGCAGGCGCGACGGUGGCGGCGGCGGCGACAAGACCUGAGGGGCGUGGGGCCUCCGUGAGCCGCGCCGGCCGAGCCCACUGUGCUGUCCCAGCGCCACGGCGUCGGACCCGCGGGCCCUGUGGGACCGCUCGGCGCGGGGAGCGCGGCUUCCGAGGGGCGGCGGCCGCUUUAAGAGGGGGCGUGGCGUGCGUGGGGGGCGUGGCCUGCGCCUUCAGGGGCGCGCGGUGUGCGCAGCCGCCAAGCCUUUAAACCCGGGCUCGCGCGGCCGGAGCGUGCGUUCCCGCUGCCGCCUCCCGCCCGCCGCUCGCCGUCCCGCGCCGCCCGCCCUCUCCAGCGCCGGGAGCCGGCGGUCCAGCCGCGCGCCGCGCGUCGGCCAUGCCCCGCUACGAGCUGGCCCUGAUCCUCAAAGUCAUGCAGCGGCCCGAGACUGCUGCUGCGCUGAAGCGGACGAUAGAAGCCCUGAUGGACCGGGGGGCGAUCGUGAGGAACUUGGAGAACCUGGGGGAGCGGAUGCUUCCUUAUCGGAUCUCUGCCCACAGCCAGCGGCACAACAGAGGCGGGUAUUUCUUGGUGGAUUUUUAUGCACCAACAACAAUUGUGGAAAGCAUGCUGGACCACUUGUCUCGAGACAUUGAUGUCAUCAGACCUAAUAUUGUGAAACACCCUCUGACCCAGGAAGUAAAGGCGUGUGAGGGGAUUGUCCCGGUCCCACUUGAAGAAAAACUGUACUCCACCAAGAGGAGGAAGUGAGGUGCUCCAGAGUUCAGCCUCUGUUCAGUCCUCUCACUUCUGAGCAUCGCGGAUGAGUCAUUCACAGCCUGACCUUUUACAUAAGUGUGCGGGUGCCAUGGGAGGGUCUGGGGGUUGUUGGCUCUCGGUCCCCUUUGCGGGGAGAGGUGGGGGAUGUCUGGCUGGGAGCCGCUUGAUUUUGUUAAAGUAAAUGUAAUUUUUUUGCCCUGUAACACUUAACACCAUUUUGGAGAACAAAACUUAUAAAACUAUAUUGGAUUGUGAGGUAAUCAUUCAUACUGUAUAACCAAGCAAAAUAAAACAUUCAGGUGGUAAAAUCCCG